UGGUCGUUUGGUUUGAAUCGAGAUGUUCCAGUAUUGAAUCUAACAGAUGAAACCAGGAAAAUGAUUUUAUAUCCUUGUGCUCAUGUUGGAGUUCUAUAUGACUUUAAAAACAAUAAACAACAUAUUCUACAGGGGCAUACUAACUCUAUAACAUGUAGUUGUGUUAGUGAUGAUAAAAGAUGGUUAGUAACUGGAGAUAGAGGAGAAGAUGCUAUGGUUAUAGUCUGGGAUACAUACUCUGGAACCCCAAUUCAAACAUUGUUUGAUUUGAGUCCAGAUGGAGAUGGAGGGGUGGUUGCAGUUGCCUUGACCCCUGAUGCUCGUUACCUAGCAACUCUUAGCAGCUCUAGAAAUCAGGUUUUAUCUAUCUGGGACUGGACUAUAGAUGGCGAGUCUCCCAUCUGCUCCGCACAACUAUCCCCUGAUUAUGGUGUUCAAGACUUUAUUUGUUUCAAUCCUGAAGAUUUCCACUUCCUCAUCACCAACAGUCAUUCACAAGUUUUAUUUUAUCACUGGGAAGAUACAGCUAUAGAAUAUUUCGCCCCACCCCUAACAGAUGAAGAUUUUAAUAAACAAGUAGGAAACUACAGUCAGUCUAUCUUUCAAUCAAACAGUUCCAGAGCCUUGACCGGUACCUCUAUUGGUAACUUGGUAGUUUGGGAUAACAAUAAACCACUCACUAAAGUUGUAACAACAGAACAAUCAGCUGAUAAAAAAGCUUUAAAGAUCAUCAAGUUACAAGAGAGAGGAAUCAACGUAUUAACCACCACUGAUAAAUAUAUAGUAGUAGGAGAUAUGGCUGGCCAUGUGAAAUUUUUUGAUCAAACAUUGAAGUUAAUAUAUUGGUAUCAAGAUUUUCAUCUCGGUCCAAUCACGUCUGUUUCAUUUUCACAUGUUCCUGAAUUCAUCCCUGCGGCCUCUGAAGGAACAAAUUACCCAGGUGAUGCCACCAUUUCAGCUAAGAAAUUUGUCAUCAAAGAUUUUGUUGUUGGUACAAGUAUUGCCAUAUUUGGAAAUGUUACAGCAGAUGGAACCAAAGUUGAGGUUAUCCAUCGAGAACAUGAUGCUGCUAUUCAUGCUUUGGCUUCUCAUCCUAAAUCACCAUAUCUUGUGAUUGGAAGUUAUUCAGGAUUGAUACAGAUCUGGGAUUAUGAAAAGAAAAAAGUUAUGGUGUCAAGAACAUUUGAAAGAGGUUUACAUAUCAGAUGUUGUUCGUUUGAUCCAAAGGGAGAAUAUUUAGCUGUUGGUUUCACCAAUGGAACCAUAAGAAUAUUAGAUGCUAUAACACUAAAUGAAGAACAGUCUGAACCUUUUCGUUAUUCUAAAGAUGUCAUCACUCACCUCGUCUUCUCACACAACUCCCUGUAUUUAGCUGCAGCUGAUGCAGAAUACGCCCUGACAGUUUAUAAAAAACAGCUGGACGGGAACGACCCCUACGAUUAUCUAGGUCGUUACCGAGCUCAUUAUAAAUCUAUUAAUGACGUAAUAUUUGGAGUUUACCUGGAUACAGAUAUCCCUCGGCUUAUGACACUUGGAGAAGAUAGAGUUUUGGUUGAGUAUGAUUUAGAAUCGUCAGUUCGUGACAAUCUAGUAGUAACUAGUACCGAUAGAAUAGAACAGAGUGGUGUACCUAAAUGUAUGGCCUGGUAUCCUCCUAUAACUAAAGAACAUUUUAUAGUUACAGCCAAUGACCAGUUUAAAUUCAAGUUGUUCAAUGCUACAACUAAAAUGUGUCGUAAAACUUUACUUGGACCAACGUUUGGAUCUCCUGUAUUGAGACUAUCUGUUCUACCCACUGAUGACCCAGCAACUGAUAAACGUUACCUAGCCUAUCAUACAGAAGAUAAAGUGGGUCUGGUUAUUCUACCGCUAGACGGAAAUCCACAUAACUCUAUGUCUCUAGUAGCUCACCCUAGUGGCGUAACCAAUAUGACUUGUAGCCAUGAUGGAAGAUAUAUCUUUACUGCUGGUGGCUCAGAUUCAGCUGUUCAUAUGUGGGAGGUCAACAAAAAUGCUCUAGAAGCCCAGUCUAAGCUAGGUGGGGAAGAUUUAAUACCAUUCUAUGGUUUAUUAGAGGGAGGUAGAGAAGGAGAACUGUUUGCUGAGUUAGAAGAUUAUUUUUAUUAUGCUCAAAUCAGAAGUCAAGGAGUAGAUUCUCAAGAAAUUAGAAAUGUCUCAGUAAAAAUCGUCCUCAGUGAAGUACCGUUUGUGAUGAGAGCUUUAGGUUUUUACCCCACAGAACAAGAGAUUGAAGAUAUGUUAAAUGAAGUUAAAUUUAGUCAGUACGUAGAAACAGGACAAUAUGUAGAAGAAAUUGAUCUGGGUGAUUUAAUCAAAUUGUAUGUGAAUCAUCGACCAGCGUUUGGUCUAUCAGCAGAGAAAGUUCUGGAAGCGUUUGAUAUUCUAGGAAUACCUACUAAUAAUGGUAACGCUGUAGACAGAGGAGACUUGUUAGAUAUGUUACAGAGUAAAGGAGAACACAUGACGGAGAAUGAACUAGCAGAAUAUUUAUGUACGUUGCUAGGCAACAAUGAAGAGGGCGGUAGUAGUGAAUUACAUAACAUUGAUCCUACUGUGGCGGGAGACUUGAUUGACCAGAAUUUACCCCAUCAUAUAACGGCAGACAUGUUUUCACAACAGAUAUUAGGCUUCUCCAUGUACAAUGAUUAUAACAUGGUACAGUAGAGUCAGUGUCAGAUGGCUAAAGGGGUUGAAGAAGAGAUCUUGUGUCAUACGAUGUUGGAUUAUCGAUGUAGUAGAAUAUGGUAUCCUGGGGACUUAUUCUCCAAAAUGUGACUUGAGAAACUGGGCCGAGAUUUUAAGAAAUACAGCAAUCUGAUUGGGUAAAAUAGCUAGAUUUAUAAUUAAUUUUAAUGAUAGUCCAAUCAGAUGACCAGAAAACAAAAAUUCUCUCAAGUUUUCACAAAUAAGGCCCCUGGUCAGUACAGAAUUAGAGAUACAGAAGUAACUAAAAGAAGCAAAUCUUGUCCAGACCCAUACCUUUUGUAUUCUCUUUCUCUACUGAAUCUAUAUCAGAAAACAAAUACAUCUUUGAUACCUUUAAUCCACGUCCUGACUGGUUUGUGCUAUAAAAUGGACAUAAGUUAUGAAAAUAUAAUUGGACUUGAACCUGUACAUAUAUACAACUGUAGUUUUAAGCUGCACUGAAUUUUAUCUUAAGGUAUUUUGAAAAUGUUCCGUUGUAUAUGAUACAGAAGGGACAAUAUAUAUCAAGCCAGUGGUGUAUAUAUAUAUUUAUAAAGCUGUGAUAUUGUAAGAUAGUGUUGUUGAAGUCUGAUAGUUAUUAUGUUAAUGUAUACCUCAAUAUAGAUAUUUUUAUUAUAAC